CUGUCUUGACUUUAGUCGUGCUUUGAGUUUGUGAUUGAAAUCAAUUCAACAAAAACUAGCGAUUAAUCCAUAGCUUUGUACACAUUUCGUGUCUUAAACCCAACAAGACUUAAACCAUGCGUUAUGUGUCGGCUUACCUGUUGGCCACUUUGGGCGGCAAUAAGAGUCCCACCACUGCUGACAUCAAACGAAUCCUCAGUAGUGUUGGCAUCGAAGUCGAUGAAGAAAAGUCUGCCAAAGUUGUCAAAGAACUGAGCGGUAAAAGUAUUGAAGAAGUGAUCGCUAAGGGAACCGAAAAGUUAGCCUCAGUUCCAUCCGGAGGAGGCGCUGCCGCCUCCGCAGCACCGGCUGCUGCAGCGGCCGCUGAUUCACCCAAAAAGGAGGCCAAGAAAGAGGAGAAAAAGGAUGAGUCCGAAGAUGAAGACGAGGACAUGGGUUUCGGUCUCUUUGAUUAAAAUAUUGUUUUUUAUAUAAAUUAAUAAAACAAUCGUUGAAUAACUAAUUGAUCUCUUUUUUGUCUAACAUUUAUUUGAUAUAAUUUGAUGACUAUUAUCGCAGUUUUGAUUUUAUUUUGUAAUAAUUUUGAAUAACAAUUUUAUGGUAUUUUAGUAAUUUGUUAUAUAAAUCAUACGGAAAAUAGGAUAUAAUAUCACUUUUGGUUAAAUUAUAAUAAUAUUUGAAUAAAUUUAUUAUAUGUUAUAAAUA